AUGGCCCUGUCUCGGUGCCCUGCGUGUUGUCUCUUUCUGCCUCCCCUCCCCUGGGGGCUGGGGGCGGCCGCAUGGGCCUUGUCUUUGCUGGGACUGGGCCUGUGUGCCACGUGGCAGCUGCUGCUUGGCUUCUGGCCCCCUUAUCUGCUCCUGCCUCACGCGCCCUGGCAGCACCAUGAGCUGCCAGCUUCUGCCUGUGCUGCUGCUGCUGCUGCUCAGGGCUUCGUGCCCAUGGGGUCACGAACAGGGACCCAGGAGCCCCUCGGAGGAGCCUCCAGAGGAGGAAAUCCCCAAGGAGGAUGGGAUCUUGGUGCUGAGCCGCCACACCCUGGGCCUGGCCCUGCGGGAGCACCCUGCCCUGCUGGUGGAAUUCUCCUGGGGGGCCACGAAGAGGCACUGGUGCUCGGCUUGUCCACGGCCAGGACGCAGGGCAGAAUGGAGGAGCACGCUUGUUCCCUGCUGGGUUGUCAGGUGUGGAGAGGGUGCUCCUGGGGUUGUGGUGGCCUGGGGCACUCACAGCCCCGUCCCCCAGAUGCCCCGUGGUGUGGGCACUGCCAGGCCCUGGCCCCCGAGUACAGCAAGGCAGCUGCCGUGCUCGCGGCCGAGUCGUCGGUGGUCAUGCUGGCUAAGGUGGAUGGGCCUGCGCAGCCCGAGCUGGCUGAGGAGUUUGGUGUGACGGAGUACCCUACGCUCAAGUUCUUCCGCGAUGGGAACCGCACGCACCCGGAGGAGUACACAGGACCACGGGAGGCUGAGGGCAUUGCCGAGUGGCUGCGACGGCGGGUGGGGCCCAGUGCCAUGCGGCUGGAGGACGAGGCAGCUGCCCAGGUGCUGAUCGACGGCCGGGACCUGGUGGUCAUCGGCUUCUUCCAGGACCUGCACGACGAGGAUGUGGCCACCUUCUUGGCCUUGGCCCAGGAUGCCCUGGACAUGACCUUUGGCCUCACAGACCGGCCGCAGCUCUUUCAGCAGUUCGGCCUCACCAAGGACACUGUGGUUGUCUUCAAGAAGUUUGAUGAGGGGCGGGCAGACUUCCCAGUGGACGAGGAGCUUGGCCUGGACCUGGGGGAUCUGUCGCGCUUCCUGGUCACACACAGCAUGCGCCUGGUCACGGAGUUCAACAGCCAGACGUCUGCCAAGAUCUUCGCGGCCAGGAUCCUCAACCACUUGCUGCUGUUUGUCAACCAGACGCUGGCUGCGCACCGGGAGCUCCUAGUGGGCUUUGGGGAGGCAGCUCCCCACUUCCGGGGGCAGGUGUUGUUCGUGGUGGUGGAUGUGGCGGCUGACAAUGAGCACGUGCUGCAGUAUUUUGGCCUAAAGGCUGAGGCAGCCCCCACCCUGCGCUUGGUCAACCUUGAGACCACUAAAAAGUACGCGCCUGUGGAUGGGGGCCCUGUCACCACAGCGUCCAUCACUGCUUUCUGCCAUGCAGUCCUCAACGGUCAAGUCAAGCCCUAUCUCCUGAGCCAGGAGGUACCCCCUGAUUGGGAUCAGCGGCCAGUUAAGACCCUCGUGGGCAAGAAUUUUGAGCAGGUGGCUUUUGACGAAACCAAGAAUGUGUUUAUCAAGUUCUAUGCUCCAUGGUGCACCCACUGCAAGGAGAUGGCCCCUGCCUGGGAGGCACUGGCUGAGAAGUACCAAGACCACGAGGACGUCAUCAUUGCUGAGCUGGACGCCACGGCCAAUGAGCUGGACGCCUUCGCCGUGCACGGCUUCCCUACCCUCAAGUACUUCCCAGCAGGGCCAGGUCGGAAGGUGAUUGAAUACAAAAGCACCAGGGACCUGGAGACCUUCUCCAAGUUCCUGGACAACGGGGGCGUGUUGCCCACGGAGGAGCCCCCGGAGGAGCCGGCAGCCCCGUUCCCGGAGCCACCGGCCAACUCCACUAUGGGGUCCAAGGAGGAGCUGUAGCUGCCCCCGUGUCACCCCCCCUUCACUGCUGGACGGAGCCACCCCCUUGGGUACUGGAGGGAGCUGUGCAUUGUGAAUAAAGAGCUUGGUUCUGGA